ACAUGCAAAAGGAGUUGCAAAAAAUGACAAUCUUUGUAGUGGUAAAAGACCUUGGGAUUUACCUCGUCUGCGAACUCCGCCGUCAGUGACCGUCGUAAACCAGACUUCAGUUUUAGUGAGUUUCUCAGCUUGGACACGUGAAAAAGAUGAUGGAUCUAAUAACAUUAUUAUUAUAAGUUACCGCCUUCAGUUCCAGAGGGAGGAUAAUGACACUUGGAUGGAUAUGAAAACUUUGAGUGCCAUUGUGGUGUCAGGCCUGCGUGAAGAGUUGAUCGAACACCUUGAUCCUGGUUACAACUACGUGAUGAAGGUGCUGCUGGAGACUGUUCUUGGUGCUGCUGAUGGCUCCACCAACAAAAGAGUUCACAAUGUUACCUUUUUUACUGAAUGUGUCGAUCCAGUAGCUGGGAAUAUUGAGGUUGAAGUCACCAAUCACUCUGCUGUUGUGAACUGGACAGAUCCAGGGAACCAUGAACGAUGUGGUAUACUCUAUCAGGUGCAACUGAUAAACGGAACGUCCAAGAAAAUUUUUCAGAACGAGAUAAUUCUACGACCACCUUUUGACCUGCAGAAUCUGAAGCCUGACACUCAAUAUAACGUUACAGUCAUCGCCAGAAAAAAUGGAACAGGAGAGUUAUUUGUUAUCAGUAAUGUGUUCUCUACACUUCCAAAUGCACCCAGCCAGCCCGUCGUGUCAGUGAUGAGUGAAGCCGUAAGAAGACUCGAUGUGUCCUGGGUACUGCCUCAGGACUCCAGUAGGGCAGACUCAUAUGAUGUGAAAUAUCAGGUAAGUUGCAAGAAUUUUUGCUCUCUUCAGAAGUUUCUUGAUCCGAGGAAUUGGAGUAAUUCCUUCAUCGAGUCAAACCUGGUUGCUUCCCAUUCUUCAGGCGCUGUGACCCAUUCUGGUUUAGCGCUUUCAAAUGAAUACAGUAGUGUGAAAAUUACUGUUGUAUGUGACAUCUUCACUUAAGCGCUUCGCUAAACACGAUGGUGGUUUAAAUUUCAUGGAGCGCUAAGCGCGUAUGGGCGCUUAUUUAUGAUUACAAUAAUAUUAUUAUAAUCAAAAAGAAGCGCUAAGCCACAAGGACUAUACAACAUUACAAUAAUAAUGGACAGCAUAUCAUAUUUUGCAGAUGAUGAACAUCAUACACAUGUGGUGAGGCUUCAUAUAUAUAAAUGUGGUGCAAAUUAUGAGACUUUAUACAUGUGCAAAUGAUGAAGCUUCAUACAUAGAUAUGGUGCAAAUUAUGAGGCUUCAUAAAUAAAUGUAGUGCAUAUGAUGAGGCUUCAUACAUAGAUGUAAUGCUUUGUGCACUGAUAUUGAUAGUUUGGUUGUGCUGUGAAUACAAAUAUUAGUAUACGUGGUGCUGCAUGCACUCUAUUAGUAAUAUGAUGGUGCCAUAUACCGUUCAUAUGCUGUAGAGCAGUUCCCCUGAACGAAUCUACCUGGACUUCCUACUCAUUUCUGCAAUAUUGCAAACCAUUGAAAAUGUAUUGAUUGAAACACGAAAGGCCUAGAGCUAUCAUUCAACUCCCCAUGGGUAGUUGGAUGUAUUGGGAAGAUUGCGGGAAUAUUUUGAGGAACUGCUAAGUGUUGAUGAAGAGAGGGAGGCAGUAAUUUUAUGCAUUGGCCAGGAGUGAAGAAGAGCCGGAUGUGAGUGUGAGGAGGUGCGUGAGGCAUUUGGGUAGAAUGAAAGGGGCUAAAGCACUGUAACUGAUGGGAUCAUGACAGGAAUGUUAAAAGCAGGUGGGGAUAUAGUUUUGGAGUGCUUAGUACUUUUUCUCAAAUGUAUGAAAAAGUUGAAGAUACCUAGGGAUUGGCAGAGAUCGUGCAUGGUUCCUUCAUAU